AUGGCAACGAAGGCUAUUGAAGAAGCGUUUCAACGGCACCCAAGGCCCCAAGUACCAACAAAAGCAGCACUACUGCAAAAAGCUCUCGAAAAGAGUCAGCAAAUCUCUACAGCUCACCGAGAAAUUCACGACAGCCCAUGGAAAACGUUAGUACGACAAGGAAACUUAGUGCAAGGGAAGUAUGUGUGGUCUAUCUGCGUUUACAAGAGCCAGUUGGUUCUGGUUAAGGAGAUGACCAUUCAGGCCGGUCGAGACGAGCUCGAGAAGAUGAAGAAACUGUCAGACCAUCCCCAUGUUUCAACUAUCAGACAGGCUUUCGAAACCGAGUCCUCGUUGUUCCUCCAGUUAGAGUAUUCUCGAUACACACUUGAAGAAGUUCUUAACGUUCACACACGCCUCGAAGAGCCGCAUAUUCCCAACUUUGAAGAGUCCAUACAGGUGACAACUGAGAGCACGCCUAACCGUGACCUAGAGUGUCUAGGGAUAGUAGUGCUCCAAUGUAUGAACGGUACACCAAAGAAAGAACUACGGGAUCUGGUAGAGAUACGUCGUCUGCGAGAAUCUAAUAAGACAUUUGGUCUAGACAACGGAGGGAAGUGGAGUGGCUAUAAAUUGCUUGUCGACUUUCUCGAUAAUAUGUUUAACACGAAUGUACCCGCAAGUGCUAAACUUGAGAAGCCUAUUACGCAUCAUAUCAUGGCAAACACACAAUCCUCCGAACCGAUUGCUCAAGAUCAGGCUUGGGAUGAAAUUUUCAACUUUGACCCAACGACAAGCCCGUUCUUACCUCAUCUCACGACCGACGAUCAUGGUUUCGAUGUCAACUUGGAUAUCUUCUCUGAACAACCUCUAUUCCUCCCUACAAACUAUCUCCCACAGCCAAAUUACUAUCUCGAACAAACGAUACCACAAGAUCAGCUCCACGAUGCGCUACCCCACGAACAGACUCCUAUCUACCAUAAUCCGAGCGGUGUUACACAAGAGGCUACUUUUGAUGGAAUUCGCAAAGAUCUUGACAAGGUCUUUAUUUCUAUCUGGCAGCUGCAGAGUGAUUAUCAGAUGAGAAUCGAAAAGCUCGACCAAGAGGUCGCACAAGCAGCAAACGCAGCCCAGAGCCUACGUGCAGAUGUGGAUGCUCUCAGCGGUUGGUUACAACAAGUGAUCAGCUUUUUGAAUAGUAUGAGCGCCCCGUCGGAGUUAGCUUGCCCAGAAGAGGGGGAAGUCCCAAAACAGCCCAAGAUCGAAAAUCAGGAUCAGAUGGAGUAA